UCCCACGCUCACCGACGUCAUUUCCUCCGCAGGGAAAACAUGGCGGCUGCCGGUCAGUCAGCUUCGAUGCCUUCUCUGCCGAGAAAUGUAGUGAUUAAAACAGAGCCAGAGGAUGAGGAUACUCUCGUGAUAAGCCCGGUGGAUGUGCCGAUCAAGCGGGACCCCGUGCUCUCACUCAUCGCCCCGGUCAGCGGGCUGCAGCCGCUCACAUGGUCUCAGGAUCACCGCCUGGCUGUGAGCACCACCAGCUCCGUGUCGCUGCUUGAGCUGGUGUGUGAUGUGCACAGUAACAAACAGGAGCUCACGCUGCACCGGACCUCCAUCCCCGUCCCGACAGAAGCCACGAAGAUGCGGGUAGGACCAUCAGCAGAGCAGGCUGCAGCGAUGGAGAAGUUCUCUACACAUCCGGACCCAACAAUAAGGCAACUUUUUUUGGCCGACAGAGCGAUGAACCCAUCAAUAGGACUGCAAAAAGGAAUGAAAUACGCCAGUUGGUCUCCGUUAGGUUGUGACUCUAACGGGCGCUGUCUGCUCGCUUGCCUAACGCUAGACCACAGACUGACCAUUCACAACAGCUACAAGCGUCUUGAGUGGAAAAUGCUAGAAGAUCUUACCAAAAAGUAUAGCGAGAGGCUAAAGCAGCGAGGCUACUCCAAAAAAGACAACAUUCCUCCACAGACGUCCCUGCUGCACUUUGACGAGCUGCAGCGGCGCUUCAGAAUGCAAACCCCUCUGAGGAUGGAGUGGUCGAGCGUUUACACGACCAAACAGGUUCAGCCGGACAACACCUGUGAAAACAUAGAGAUGGUCCUCCUCGCCGUCCUAAUGGAAAACGGCGACGUAGUUUUGUGGAAGUUUGUGUUGCCUUUUUUAGAAACUUCAGAUGUUGAGUUUUAUGAUGUUGUCGAGUCAGGUGUGAAUCGUCCCAGCGACUUGGCGUGGUGGGAGUAUGACGGCACGGAUCGGCGUAUGAGUGGCCUGAUCGUGGGCAGCGAGGUGGGACCCGUCAAGAUUGUUCCGGUCAGCCUGGCUGGAGUGAAGGGCUACUUCACCCUCCGACACCCUGUCAUCCUCUGGAAGGAGUGCGAUGAGAUCGCCGUGGAAAACCUCAAAUGUGUUCCGAUGAUCCACCCGAUCCAGAAGACCAGCUGCAGUCUCAUCGUAGCCUCGCGCGGCUGCUACGUCUUUUGGUGUUUGCUCAUGAUUUCGCCAGCCGGACUGAAUGUGCACAACUCUCACGUUGCAGGGCUGCACUCGCUCCCCGUGGUCUCGCUAGCGAUCAGUCAGCACGGAGUCUCGGUGUACACAUGUUCUGUAGACGGGUGGAUUAAAAAGCUGACACCGACAUUUGCAGGGAACACUUUGAUAUUCAAUCAAGAGGACAUGUUGCGACCUGAGAACCUCUCAGGGAGGAAGAUACAUGGGAUUGCGGUGAGCCACAACGGAGCCUACAUUGCGCUCACCAGCUCACAAGGUAUGGUCGGCGGCUUUCACCCAGUUAGCAAGACUUACCAGGUGAACUUUGUGACCCUGAAAGCGCCAGAAACAGCAGCAGCAUUGCUGCUCAAGUCCCCCGCACAUAACUUGCACAAAACAGCUGACCUGCUUGAUCUCGUGAGGUGGCAAAUUUUGAAAAACAAGUGCAUUCCGACAUCGCUGCUGGAAGAAAUCGAUCAAAAGAUCCAGGAAGUAGACUCGCCUUACUUUUGGCGUUUAAAGCUCUUCCUGGUGAGGACACUUUACCAGUCGCUACUGGAGCCUCCCACAGAUCACCGCUGGAAACCAACGCUCGAGGAGAACAAAGUCUUCAUAAGGGAAGGGGAAGAGGGAGAAGGAACGGACGGAGAAGACGCUGCUAAAGAGAAAAGUGAGCCUGUUGGUAAAGUAGUAAAACAGGAGAAGGAUAAUCUGAAGGAGCAGAUUGAGGAGGUGCAGGCUUGGAUCAGUUCUGUAGAGAGCCACAUUAUGAGGGAAAACAUGAAGAAGGUGCUGGGCGUGGUUUACCUCAACACCUGGAUUACUCAGAACACCAGCAUCCCCACCUGUGGCCUGGUGGAGUUCCUCUCCAGAGACUCCAACGACAGAGCUUCAGAGGUCCUGAUUGGCCACAUCAAGAACAAGAUGAACAAGCAGUCGUUCUCUGAGCGCUGCAGCCUGUGUCAGGAGGUGCUGCCCUUCUCGGACCACAAACAAGCCAUCUGUAAAAACGGUCACAUGUGGCUCAGGUGUGUGUUGUCAUACCAGGCCUGCCAGAAGCUGACGUUCAGACGCUGCCUCCUGCUGGAUACCAUCUCCAGACUGCCAGAGCCCGAGGAUCCAGAGUGGAUCAGGAAGGUUCUGCAGGGGCCAUGCACGCUCUGCGACUCGCCCAUGAUCUAGAGCUGACCGAUAAGAGGAACCUCAGGGCUUUCCCUGCGACCUUCAGAGUUUCCCGCUCUGACGCAGGGUCCACAUCACUGCUACCAUUUUAUUUUUGUGUUCUGUUCAUAUUUUUAUUACUUUAUAUUGGGUUCUUAAAAGUGCAAAUAAAAGGCUUUGAUUAUACGUUCUAA